CAUUUGGCCAAAGUAUUCGAUCGUAUUCAGAGUGCAGGACUUAAGUUAAAUCCAAAGAAGUGUCACUUUGCUAAAAAUAAAUUAAAAUUUCUGAGAUAUAUAGUUAAUGAGGAGGAUAUAUCGACUGACCUGAAGAAAGUGAAGAUUACAGAAGAUCAAGAAAAUGCUUUUAAUACUCUCAAGGAGAAACUCAUCAUGGCUUCCAUCUUGGUUUAUCUGGACUUUUCACGAGAAUUUCUUCUCAUCACAGAUGCAUCGGGUGUCAUACUAGAAGCUAUUCUUUCUCAGAAAGAUUCUCAGGGAAUGAGCGAGUGA